AUGUUUGUGUCGUGGUCACAGGUGUGGUCUGGUAACACGCAGGUUUAACCACCCAUGUGACGUCAUUACGGCUCGGCUCACUCAGUCCAUAAUGAAGGACUUGAGAACAGGUGUCCAGUGGAGAGGAAAGAAAUGAGGUGACACCGGAUUUUGCUGCGCUGGGGUUUUUAGCGAAGGGCCCUGCAGAAUGGCCCUGCAGACGUCCCCAUUCCCCAACCGGUGUGCUGCAGCCGCCCAUGCGACGGGCUGGGCAUUGAUUCUGCCAUGUUUCUGGUUUCUCGACCGCCUCAUCGCCGUGUGCAAGUCGACCACCUUCGAACGGAAACGAGAGGGCACGUGCUCCCUCCGCCCCCUCAAGGUGUUCUUCGGCUCCAUCACCUUCUUCCUUCUGUUUUUGGUGACUGCGCCCAUAGCCUUGUUAGGCUUCCUGUUGUGGGCCCCGCUGCAGGCAUGCCGCAGACCAUUCUGUUACCACCAAGAGACGGCGUCACUCCAGAAUGAGACGCACAGGGGCUUGGAACUGGAGGGAACGGCGUCGUUCGUCUUCGCCUCGGCCAACUUGUGUCUUUUGCCCGACAGUCUGGCUCGCUUCAACAACCUGUGUAACACCCAGCAAAGGGCUGCUGCUAUUGGCGAGUGUAUCGCUCAGGGCGUGGGCCGACCCAAUGUUCGUAUCUUUAUCGACUCUCCCAGCAGCUGUGAUACUCUCAGCCCCUCCAACAGUAUACUCCCCACCUCGAACACCUUUACAUACGGUGCUACAGACAAACAGGCUUCAGUCCCCAAUUCCAACAGUGACGUGGUUUACAUACCCUUCGAGGAUACAAAAGAACCCUCUGCUUCCAUCCAGCACAACUCUAACCAGAACUCCAACCAGCAGGGCCGACCGGGCCAGCGCAGCGCCCCGCGCGCUUUGCUCUCUCAAGGACUUGGCCAGCUGGGCGACGUGCCAUGGGAAGUGUCAACCAUGUUCCCCUCCCAUGUGGACAUCCUCUGUUUAGAGGAGGUGUUUGAUAAGAGGGCUGCACAGAAACUCACCCGUGCGCUAAGUCCUUUGUUUGCGCACAUACUCUACGACAUUGGGGGGUACGCCUGCCAGCCCCCGUGCAGCUGUUCCUCUUUUAAGUUCUUCAACAGCGGCCUCUUCCUGGCCAGCCGGUUCCCCUUCGUGGAGGCCGAGUACCACUGCUUUCCCAACAGUAAAGGUGAAGACGCGCUGGCUGCCAAAGGCCUUCUUGCCGCUAAGGUGUUGAUCGGGAAAAAUGUGAAGCAGCAGAAACUGGUUGGUUAUUUCAACUGUAUCCACCUUCAUGCACCAGAAGGUGAAGGAGCGAUCCGCUGUGAGCAGCUGAACAUGGUCACCAAUUGGAUUGCCAAUUUCCAAGCAGCCACCAGACAGCCUGAUGAGGAAGUGGUUUUUGAUGUGCUCUGUGGAGACUUUAACUUUGACAACUGCUCACCGGAUGACACCUUGGAACAGAAUCAUGGUCUCUUUGAGGAAUACAAAGACCCUUGCAGAGCAGGGCCGGGGAAAGAGAAGCCCUGGGUCAUUGGGACUCUGCUAGAGCAGCCAACGUUGUAUGACAACGCUGUAAACACGCCAGAAAACCUCCAAAGAACGCUGGAGAAUGACAUGCUGAGGAAGCGUUACAUCUGCCCUCCCGUUCCUGCCGCAGGCUCGCCAUUGGUUUACCCCGAAACUGACCAGCCGUGGAUUGGGCGAAGGAUUGAUUAUAUCCUAUUCCGAGAAAAGUCAAUUUCCAAGCACUGCCAAACCGAAGUGGAAGAGGUAUCAUUUAUAACCCAGCUGGCUGGCCUGACAGACCAUAUUCCUGUGAGCUUGAGACUGAAUGUCAGAAUGGACUCUUGACUUUGUCGAUAAGUCAGAACUUUGAACUGAUUCAAACAAUUCCAUUUUCAGAGAAAGGGAACAAAAUGUACGGAAAGUACAUUGCU